AAAAAACUGUGUAAAUUGAGUGCUACUGUGAAAAAAUUGUGGAAAAAAGUUAAUACUUAGUGAAGUAAUUUUUUUAUAUCAAAUAAUUGUUUAAUACCCGCUACUACAAAUUCCACAACUUUUAUUCCAUAAAAAAUGAUAUAAAUUGUUCAGCCGACUAUUUUCAUAUUCUCUUCUCUACUUAACCUCAAAGUGGUUGUGUGAGACUCCCUGAGACACCCAAUCGCGUUUACGAUGCACCGCUAGUUGGAAAAUAGCGAAACCACAAUCGGAAAAGCUAAUGUUUGCUUAAUUAGAACGGAUUUGUACUAUUUUAUCUGUGUAUUAUAAAAUAAAAUCUAUAAAUAUGUCGACUGGAGCGCUGGUGCAGCAAUUCGUUUCUGGCCUCAAGUCGCGUAAUCGCAAUGUGCAGAGCAAAGCUGCACAGGAUUUGUUUCUAUAUGUAAAGACGGAGCUGCGUGAAAUGUCACAGGAGGACCUAGUCGCAUUCUUCGAUGAUUUCAAUCAUCAAAUAUUCAGUAUGGUAAAUUCUGCGGACAUCAAUGACAAGAAAGGCGCAGUUUUGGCCAUAAAAUGUUUAAUAAGUGGCGAUGUUGUGAAUACAAUGAAACGUAUUUCACCGUACUACAAUCACUUACGUACAUUGCUGCCUUCCAAUGAUACCACAGUAAUGGAGAUUGCAGCACGUACGCUGGUGAAAUUGGCUAACUUGCCCGGGUCAAAGGGUGCCGAAUCAAUCGAUUUUGAUAUCAAGCGCGCAUUCGAAAUGUUGAGUGGUGAUCGGCAAGAGUACCGCCGCCACGCAGCUGUCUUUAUUCUGCGCGAGCUGGCUAUUGCCAUGCCCACAUACUUUUAUCAACAAAUAUCUACAUUUUUCGAUAACAUUUUCAAUGCAAUAUUCGACCCCAAAGCAGCCAUACGCGAAUCGGCUGGUGAAGCGUUACGUGCCGCUCUUAUUGUUACCUCUCAACGUGAAAGCACUAAACAGUCAAGCGAACCACAAUGGUAUAAAACUUGUUAUCAAGAAGCAAACGCAAGCUUUGUAGCGGAACCAGUUGGUACAAAAGAUCAGAAGGGAAUGACACGCGAUGAUCGUAUUCAUGGCGGUCUUCUAAUCCUAAAUGAACUUUUCCGUUGUUCACAUGCCGCUUGGGAACGUCGUUAUGCUGCUUUGAAAGCACUUCUACCCGACGCACAACAUAACAAAUUUGGUGAAGUCAUGCACUCCAGCUCCGUUGGUAGUCAACUAACCACCUUAGUGCCUCGCUUGAAAGCACCAUUUAUAAGUAAGCUAGGUUCGACGCAUAUGCAUUUGGAACAUGAAGGACAACAUGGUGGUGCACAUAAGUUUUCAUCGGCCACCGUGCUGGAGUCGGCAUAUUCCCGUGAGAUACUCACAGAAAACUACACAAAUAUUUGCGAUAAUGUGCUGGAACAGCGCAUCUCAAAAUCGCCUUACGUUCAGCAAGCACUGCUCCAAAUACUUCCACGCCUUGCUGCCUUCAAUCGUGAAGUAUUCGUGCAACGUUAUUUGCAAGAAUGUGUGAAUCACUUGCUCAGCAUUGUGCCGCGAAAGGAGAAGGAUCGAAAUAUUGCAUACGUAACAAUCGGUUAUAUAGCAGUAGCUGUGGAACGUGAUAUUGACAAGCAUUUAAGGACAAUUAUGUGCGCCAUCAAAAUAGCAUUACCGCCAAAAAUCACACCCAGCAAACGUAAAUCGUCUAUAGACCCAGCUAUUUUUCAUUGCAUUACGCUACUGGCACACGCUGUAAAAUCGGGUAUCACCGAAGAUGUACGUAAUAUUCUAGAACAAAUGUUCUUUAGUGGUCUUUCGCCAGCACUGACCGUUUGUUUGCGGGAACUUGCCGAAAAUGUGCCACAUCUGAAGACUGCCAUUGCCGAGGGUCUCAUACGCGUGCUAUCGCAGGUUCUAAUGAAUAAACCAUUAGCCAUACCCUAUCAAACAUUGGCCACCAUACCUUUGGAUACAUCGUUAAAUCUACAACAUGAUGUACCCACCGUUGUACUGGCGCUAAAAACACUUGGUAGUUUCAAUUUCGAAGAGCAAAAUAUGCUCGAUUUCGUGCAACGUUGCGCCGAUCAUUUCAUUAAUCAUGAGCAGCAGGAGAUACGCUUGGAAGCGGUGCAAACGUGCACACGUUUACUAAAACUCGCCGUGCAGUCGGCUGAUAGUUCAGAAAGCUCAAAUACACUUAGCGAAACAGUGUCACAUGUCAUUGAGCGACUGCUGAUUGUCGCCAUUACAGAUAUGGAUUGUAAUGUGCGCAUACGCAUAUUACGUUCACUGGAUGAAACCUUCGAUGCUGAGCUGGCACAGCCUGAAUCGCUUAGUGCACUCUUUAUUACAUUAAAUGAUGAAAUUUUUGAAAUACGCGAGCUAGCAAUGGUUACAGUGGGACGCUUGUCCGCUAUGAACCCGGCGUAUGUAAUGCCAAAACUGCGUAAAAUAAUGAUACAACUACUGACUGAAUUGGAACAUUCGGGUAUGAGUCGCAACAAGGAGCAGAGCGCUAGGAUGCUGGACCACUUGAUUAUCAGCACACCAAGAUUGAUUUCAUCUUACAUGCACCCUAUACUUACCAUCCUUGUGCCCAAAUUACGCGAAGCCGACCCUAACCCUGGCGUUAUAUUGAAUGUUUUGCGCGCGAUCGGCGAUUUGGCUGAGGUGAAUGGCGGCUCGAAUGAAAUGGAAUUGUGGGCUGACGAUUUGCUAUCAAUUUUGCUUGAAAUGCUUGGUGAUGCUGGUAGCCCAGAGAAACGUGGCGUUGCCCUGUGGACACUGGGUCAGUUGAUUAGCGCUACUGGUCGUGUGGUGACCCCCUACCACAAGUAUCCUGUGCUUAUUGAUAUACUUAUUAAUUUCUUGAAAACUGAACAACGUCGCUCCAUACGUCGUGAGACAAUACGAGUGCUCGGUCUACUGGGCGCCAUGGAUCCUUAUAAACACAAAAUGAAUAAGGGCUUAAUAGAUAGUCAGAAAGACAGCGUACUUAUAUCGUUGAGCGAUUUCAAAAUGGAUGAAAAUCAGGAUAUUUCAACAGCAGAACUACUUGUGAAUAUGAGCAAUGUACUUGAUGAAUACUAUCCAGCCGUGGCGAUUGCAGCACUGAUGCGUAUUUUGCGUGACCCCACACUGAGCAGUCGCCAUACUAGCGUCGUACAAGCCAUAACUUUCAUAUUCAAAAGUCUGGGCAUUAAGUGUGUGCCAUAUUUGGCACAAGUGUUGCCAAGUUUGCUGGAGAAUGUGCGCACGGCUGAUAUAAAUUUGCGCGAAUUUCUCUUCCAGCAGUUAGCCAUAUUGGUACAGAUCGUUAAACAGCACAUCAUAAGCUACAUGGCUGAUAUCUUUAAGCUCAUCAAAGAGUUUUGGACUGUUUAUACGCCACUGCAGUUGACGUUGAUCAAUUUGAUUGAGCAGAUCGCAUUGGCUUUGGGCUGUGAAUUCCGCAAUUAUUUGUCGCAGUUGAUACCACAAAUUUUACGCGUACUUCAGCAUGAUACUUCUAAGGAUCGUAUGGUAACCAGGCGUCUGCUGCAGGCAUUGCAAAAAUUCGGCAAUACCUUGGAUGACUAUCUGCACUUGAUUGUGCCGCCAAUUGUUAAGUUGUUCGAUGCGCCAUAUGUGCCGCAACAAGUGUCGCUAGUAGCGUUGGAAACCAUCGACCAUCUCGCCUGGAUACUUGACUUUACUGACUUCUCUUCGCGCAUCAUACAUCCAUUGGUGCGUGUGCUAGAAGCCGAGCCUGAGUUGCGUGACCAGGCCAUGUCCACACUCUGCUCGGUGGUUAUACAGUUAGGCAAGAAAUAUCUCGUUUUUGUGCCACUUGUCGAACGCACCAUCGCGAAGCAUCGCAUUGUCGACCCAAAAUACGAGAAACUAUUAACUAAAAUCCAAAGUAAUACCACAAUGUGCCUGGACGACGAGUUCCAUAUGCGGCAGGCUAAAUUUAAAUCCACCGAAUUAGUAGCGCCUAAUAGUGGCGGUAAUUUCACCAUGAAGCGUCUCAUUGUUUCUACAAGUAAUUUGCGUGCUGCCUGGCAGGUGACACGUCGUGUAUCCAAAGACGAUUGGGUUGAAUGGCUGAAGCGUCUCUCCAUAGGCUUGCUAAAGGAAUCGCGUUCGCAAGCAUUGCGUGCCUGUCACGUGCUCGCACAGGACUAUGACAAAUUGCUACGCGAUCUAUUCAAUGCGGCCUUUAUUUCCUGUUGGACAGAGCUUACUCCCGAACACAAACACGAGCUUACACAAUCUCUAAUACAAGCACUACAAGUAACCGAUAUGCCAGAAAUUACACAAACUAUUUUGAAUUUAGCUGAAUUCAUGGAGCAUUGUGAUAAGGACCCAAUACCAAUUGAAACCAAAUUGCUUGGUACACGCGCCAUGGCUUGUCGUGCAUAUGCAAAGGCGUUGCGCUACAAAGAAGAGGAAUUCCAAACGCACAAAGAUCCACAGGUGCUUGAAUCCCUCAUACUCAUCAACAAUAAGCUUCAGCAAAAGGAAGCUGCUGAAGGUCUACUCACCACCUACCGCAACGCCAGCAAUGAGUUCAAAGUACAGGGUCGUUGGUACGAAAAACUGCACAACUGGGAGCAAGCACUUAAACACUAUUCCGGCAAUCUAAAAGAUAAUUGCAACGAUCUAGAAGCUCGGCUGGGUCAUAUGCGUUGUCUGGAAGCGUUGGGCGAGUGGUCGGAGCUAAGUAUUGUCGCAAAACAGGAAUGGGAAAACCUGGGCCGUGAGGCCAGAUCGCGCGCUGGUCCGUUGGCUGCUGUUGCCGCCUGGGGCCUCCAGGAUUGGGAGGCCAUGCAAGAGUAUGUACGCUGCAUUCCGGAAGAGACACAAGACGGCAGCUUCUAUCGUGCAGUGCUUUCCGUGCACAAUGAGGACUUUGAGACGGCGCAGCGUCUAAUUGAUGGCACACGUGAUCUGCUCGACACCGAACUCACCUCCAUGGCUGGCGAGUCGUAUGAACGUGCCUAUGGCGCUAUGGUUUGUGUGCAGAUGUUGGCCGAAUUGGAAGAAGUAAUACAAUACAAGCUCAUACCCGAACGGCGUGAACCGCUGAAGAGCAUGUGGUGGAAACGUUUGCAAGGUGGCCAGCGUUUGGUUGAAGAUUGGCGCCGCAUCAUACAGGUGCACUCGUUGGUUGUGCGCCCGCAGGAAGACGUGCACACUUGGUUAAAAUAUGCCAGUCUGUGUCGCAAAUCUGGUUCACUUCAUUUGUCGCACAAAACACUGGUAAUGUUGCUGGGCACAGAUCCAUCGGUACAACCGAACGAUCCACUGCCUUACAAUCAGCCACAGGUUACUUAUGCCUACACUAAGCACAUGGCUGCCGCCGAGAAUAUGCAGGGCGCCUACGAGCAGCUCAGCCGCUUUGUAAAUGCUUAUCGUGCACAAUUGAAUUGUAUCGGCCCCGAGGAGGCGGCCAAACAGGCGGAUCAUCGCUUGCUUGCACGCUGCUAUCUGCGGCUGGGCAAGUGGCAGAACAAGUUGCAGAGUUCGCUGGAGCCUGAAAUGGUACAGGGUGCUUUGGACUGCUUCGAGAAGGCGACUGAGAAUGAUCCCACCUGCUACAAGGCGUGGCAUCUGUGGGCAUACAUGAACUUCAAGGUGGUGCAAGCGCAGAAGCAGCAACUCGAUAAGCUGGCGCAUACGACUGUGAACGGCGACGUACUGCUGCAGAAGGAGAAGCUGAUGAUCGAACAGUAUGCCGUUCAGGCGGUAGACGGCUUCUUCCGCUCCAUCAGCCUCAUCAAAGGCAAUUCCUUGCAAGACACACUGCGCCUACUAACGCUCUGGUUUGACUAUGGCCAAUAUUCAGAAGUUUAUGACGCACUGCUCACUGGCAUGAAGACGAUCGAGAUCAACACUUGGUUGCAGGUGAUACCGCAGCUUAUUGCGCGCAUCGACACGCACCGCAAGCUGGUCAAUCAGUUAAUACAUCAUCUGCUCAUCGAUAUAGGCAAAUACCACCCUCAGGCACUCGUCUACCCACUGACUGUGGCUUCCAAAUCGGCAUCGGUGGCACGCAAGAACGCUGCCUUCAAGAUACUCGAUUCGAUGCGCAAACACUAUCCCACGCUUGUCGAGCAGGCGAUGAUGUGCAGCGAGGAAUUGAUACGCGUUGCCAUACUUUGGCACGAACAAUGGCAUGAGGGACUAGAAGAGGCGUCACGUCUAUACUUUGGCGAUCGCAAUGUGAAGGGCAUGUUUGAUAUACUCGAGCCGUUGCACGCGCUGCUCGAACGUGGACCACAGACGCUGAAGGAGACAUCCUUCUCGCAGGCUUAUGGUCGUGAACUAACUGAGGCGUACGAGUGGACACAGCGUUACAAGACCUCUUCUGCACUGAUGGAUUUAGAUCACGCUUGGGACAUCUAUUAUCACGUUUUCCAAAAGAUUUCACGCCAAUUGCCACAGCUGACCUCACUCGAACUGCCCUAUGUGUCGCCCAAAUUGCUGGCAUGCAAGAAUCUGGAAUUAGCUGUGCCCGGCUCCUAUAAUCCCAAUCAGGAAUUGAUACGCAUCGACUACAUUAAAACCAAUCUGCAGGUGAUCACUUCAAAGCAGCGUCCACGUAAGCUUUGUCUGCGUGGCUCCAACGGCAAAGAUUAUAUGUAUCUGCUGAAGGGCCACGAGGAUUUGCGUCAAGAUGAGCGUGUCAUGCAACUUUUCUCGCUGGUCAAUACACUUUUACUCGACGAUCCAGACACGUUCCGUCGCAAUCUGGCCAUACAACGUUAUGCCGUCAUACCGUUGAGCACCAACUCUGGUCUCAUCGGUUGGGUGCCACAUUGCGACACCUUACACACGCUAAUACGCGACUACCGCGACAAGCGUAAGAUGCCGCUCAAUCAGGAGCACCGUCUCAUGUUGAGCGUCUCGCCCGACUAUGAUCACUUAACCUUAAUGCAAAAGGUUGAGGUGUUUGAGGGCGCGCUAGCGCAAACGCAUGGCGAUGAUCUCGCGAAAUUACUGUGGCUGAAAUCACCAUCGUCAGAAGUGUGGUUCGAGCGACGCACAAACUAUACACGUUCACUCGCCGUCAUGUCCAUGGUAGGCUACAUACUCGGCCUAGGCGAUCGCCAUCCCUCCAAUCUGAUGUUGGAUCGCAUGAGUGGCAAAAUACUGCACAUAGAUUUCGGUGAUUGCUUUGAGGUUGCAAUGACGCGCGAAAAAUUCCCCGAAAAGAUACCGUUCCGCCUGACGCGCAUGCUUAUCAAGGCUAUGGAAGUGACCGGUAUCGAGGGUACAUAUCGACGCACUUGCGAGAGUGUCAUGUUGGUGCUACGACGCAACAAAGAUUCGCUUAUGGCUGUUCUGGAGGCAUUCGUCUAUGACCCGCUGCUAAAUUGGCGUUUGCUGGAUAUGGACAAAAAUCAUCGUUCCAAAUCAAAUAAUGAUCCAGGUGGUUCGGGCAUGUUGGGUGGCGGUAAUGGCAGUCUUAGCAACUCAGUGGAAGAACCGUUGCUGCACAGUCAACUAAUGAGCGCCAAUCUGAUGGUAGGUGGGCCCAUGAUGGUGGCCGACAUAACAAACAGCAAAGCGAGCAAGGUCAUCAAACGCGUGAAGAGCAAAUUAAAUGGCACUGACUUUCAAACGCAGAAUAGUGUGGCGGUGCCACAGCAAGUGGAUCUGCUCAUACAACAGGCGACCAAUAAUGAAAACCUAUGCCAGUGUUACAUUGGUUGGUGUCCAUUUUGGUAAGAAAUUAAAUGCGAAAAUCAUAGUACAGAUAGGACAGAAGGCAAAAGUGUGAGAUACUACAUAUGUAGAUGUGUGUCACAAUUACACGAAAGUGAAUUUUACAUAAGUGAGAAUAUAGCUUAAUGCAACAGGCCGUUGUUGAAGAACGCGUUUUGUUGCACGCUUUAAUUUGUUUUAGGGAAGAGAAGCUGCUUAAUCGUCGCUCAAAGGUAUUAGCAUAAUUGAAAUUACAUAUUUUACUACUCAAAUUACUAUACUUUCAUAUUAAAAAAAAUUUUAAUUUCUUAAAUUUGGAAAGAGCUGUAAGCGCAGGAAAAUACUUCCUUCUAAUAUGCAGCGCAAUGGAAAACAGCUUCACAUAAACAUACAAUCGCCGCUCGGAGUCGGCGUAAAACUGUAGGUCCCUCCCCUUUGUGUGACAACAUCAAGGCAACCACAAAUCGGAGGAGAAGCUCGGCCAAACACUAACACAUGUGUAAGCGCCAAUCUAUUAUUAAUCCAUAAGGCGAAAAGUAAAGGUUUUUAUGCUAAAUCCACAACUAAGUUAUUGCUCAGUUGCGACUGAAUUUAGCUGUGUAUUAAUGUAAUAUUCCUUCAACGGUUUUCCUAAAAAAAAUUAGAUUUUUUUAUUAAAAAACAUAAAAUAUGAAUAAUAAUUACAACCACUAUCAUAAAUAACUUUAUAGCUGCCACGCUCCCAUUUGGGAAUGGAAAGAGCUGCGGUUUGAAAAAUUAUAUUUUUCGGUGUGAAAAUCGGUUACUGUUUUUUUCUUUAGCAAGUUUAAAAGCAAAUGGCUUUGAGGUUAGAGAAGUCAUUAUGUAAGGUUUAUACUACAUAUUUAAGCGAAAAAUUGUAUAAUUUUUAAGUGCGCUCAAUGUCUGCAUUGAGUAGGGAAUACCGCAUACAUAAGACAGCUAAUUAUUGAGUAAAAACUUUCUUGAAAUUUAAUUUCAAAAAAUAAUGUUAUUCAAAAGGCUAACACCUUGUCCGAAUACUGACUCCUUGCUACAUAGCAUACUAAAUUUUAAUAAAAAAAAAUUUAAAAUCAAAAAAAUUCA